AUGACGACUUUCCUGAGUACUUGUCUCCUCUUGGUCAUCCUUUGCCCAGGUUUGGAUGCCUUGGAAGUAAGUACCGGUUUUGCUUCGCAGGAAGUGCCAGAGGUGGAAGGCAUACAGGCUGUGGUCAUGGCAGCUGAUACUGCAACAGUGAAACUGCAAUGUGUAACAAACAGGAAGAUUACUUGUCAUAUCAAAGGAGGAAGUUGCUUUUCUCAGCUUACUGAAACCUAUUUAAAUGGCUCUAAAGAGACCUACAAGAACAGGGGUUGUGCUGAAGAUUGCAUCCCAGCAAAUGCCACCUUCUCUUCAGUAGAAAGAAAAUACGUCCAGUAUAUCCACUAUUGCUGUCAAAUAUAUUACUGCAACCAGGGAGUGCUUGAAAUGCCACCGAGGCGCUUGAAUGGGCUGGAGUGCCCAAACCUUGGUGUAGCUGAAUCAGAAGUUUCUAAGGGUUCAAAUGCCAUCAAGUGUUACAACAAGGAGACUCGGUGCAUUGAAUUUGUUCUUGUUCAUGACAACAGUGAAGUUCCUGAUAAAGUCGUCAAAGGCUGUGCAUCACCAGCUUUUUGUGAAUUGGCCAAGACAUCAAAGCUUAACAAGUACUUUUCAGGCAUGAUAACACAAACACGAUGCUAUGAAACUAUAGUUUCACCAAAGCAACUCAGCUUUUAAAGGUAGUUAGGAGAGAGCAAUGUCUUCUUCCUCUUGGAUUCCACUAUUUUCUACAACAGUGGAAGUG